GUCUAUAUAUAAUGCCCUGCUCAUGCUCGAUUUUUGCGGCAAUUUUUCUUCUUCUUUCUUCUUGGUUUCUGUAAAGUUUAAUCUUCUUUUUUCUUAUUUACAUCUGUGAAAGGAGAUAUGGGUAAGCUUAUUGAAGAGGAGGCUCUUGCACAGAACUACCAUGGCCAUCAUUAUCAUCAUCAUCAUCAGCAGCAGCAUGGGUUUAAUAAUAAUUACAGUCUUGAAGAGAAAGUUUCAGAGUUUCUGGACAAUGAUUUUGCUGAAUCCGAUUCUUGUCUUAAUGCAACUGAUGGCUAUGGAUCAGAUGGUAAUAAACCCAAUCACCCUUUUCAACAUACCCUUUACUGGGAAUCCCAAGAGGCCUUGCUUCAGGAAAUCCUGGAGCGUUAUAUCUUGAUAGGUUCCAAGCUACGACACGAAAUUUGUAGAAUAAUUGAGGUAGCGAAAGAGACAGAGUUUUGCAGCUGCAUAAAGCCAAGCAUUGAUGGUUGCCCCAACUGCUUGCGCGAGAGAGUAAUCACUCUACUUUGUGACAGAGGAGUUAAUGCCGCUCUCUGUAUUUCAAAAUGGAAAGACACCAAAAAGUAUCCUGGAGGAAUACAUGAAUACAUUGAAGUGAUUGCAAGCACACAAGGGGGAAAGAAGCAAAUCCCAUUUGUAAUUGAAUUGGAAUUCCGAGAACAAUUUGAGAUUGCAAAAGCAUGUGAUGAGUACAGCAAACUAGUUGAGCAAUUACCAGAGUGUUAUGUGGGCAAAGCUGAUUACCUGAAUGCCAUCGUUGGUGUCAUGUGUGAUGCAGCCAAAAGGUCAAUGGAGGAGAAGAAACUCCAUAUGGGUCCAUGGAGAAAGAGGGGCUUCAUGCAGAUGAAGUGGUCUAAUUCUGCUGAGCGACGCUCUAUUGAUGAACCCUCCAACAAGUUUUCUUCUGUCUCGUCAAGGCAAGUGCAUCAAUCGUGCUUAAACUCCUUAAUACCUGCUGCUGUGCUAGUCUCUAGCGCUGGCUGGAAUCAUUUCCAAAUGAAAAUUUAACACUAGUUUUCCUUGUUGAUAUGGAGGCUACUGGUAAGGGUGAGCUAAGUAUUUUUGUGAUUUUGAUACCACAUAUUAUAAUUGUUGUUGUGGCACAGCAUUAUCCAUUUGACACCUUACUUGAGAGACAAUUACGUAUCGAUUUAGGGUCAUAUACUAGUAAUGGCUAGCAGAGUGUAUUGGCGUAAGUAGAGUGUUAAACGUACAGCAGUUUGAUUCACAUCAAAAUUUUGCAAAAAAUGAUAUCUGCAUCAGUUAUUGAGGCUCCAUUUGAGAGUAUGGUGGGAGUCUUGGCACUGCCUUGGAGCCUGCAUUGUAUGAUAAUUUAUUGUUAUGGAGCUUUUGGUGAUAUAAUAGGCAAAGACCCCAGCGCAGAGCGCCUCUUUUGGGGGGGGGUGGCAAGGGGGGCAAUUUUGUAUCUUAAGGGACAGUUGAGAAUCAAUUGUUAUGAUAGUUAUCUAGCGGUAAGAGAGCUUGCAGCGUAUUGGCAGAGCAGUUUGAUUCAUGGUGAAAUUUUGCAAAAAUGCUAUCUGCAUUGCUUAUUAAAUAUAUAAAGUGGGAUGGAUCGUCAAAAUGUUGUGCCCUUGUACAUGUAAAAUGUGAACGGCCCAGCUGAAUUUUUUCAGGGCCAAGAGAAUACUCAUCCAAGGUGAGCUGUGAAGCUGCUUGUGAGAAUUGGAUAUUAUUACUGGCUGCAAGCGCCAAUCCAAAGUCUUCUACAGGUUAAUAAAAUUGUGUCCAAAUCUCUCAAAUGAUCUCCCUUCUGAUCUUACUUGAAAAAGCUUCAUAAAUUCAAGAACUUGUUGUCACAAAAAUCCUUGAUGCUAGAGACAAGCACCUUUUGUUCAAAUGCCAAACCCUGAUUUUUCAAAGAUUUGGUGAUACGUCAAAUCCCUCCAAUUUGAUUAAUUUAAACGCUCACGUACUACAAGUUUUUCAUUCA